AUGGCACCCAGAAAGCGCCGAGGACGGCUGAGCGCGGUGCUCACAUCCCGGAAAGUAGUCGAAGAAACCGUCCAAGUGGUGGUAACUGCCGCCGACGGCGAAACCGAGUCUCAAUCCCAACCAAACGUCGACGCGUUCGCCUCUCAGGUUUCCGAUGGAACUGAACAAGUCGAGGUUUCCACCCCGCCGGCCCAAGAAGAACCUCCCAUAGUUAAAAGAACCAUUCCCGUUGAAGAUAAGAGCGACGAGUCGCCGCCGCCGCAUCAAAACCAAGAAAAUGAAGACGACGAGACACAGCCGGCAUCGGAACCGGAGCAGACACCGGCGCUGCCUCCAAAGAAGAAAGAGGAAGAGGAAACUAAAAGGUCGGCCUCGGGGGAGAAGGCACGAGAAGGCGGGGAGAGGAAGAGGAAACGGCGGCGGGGGAGAAGUGGCGGUGUGGGCCCCGGUGAAGGGUACAAGAGGUAUGUGUUUAAGGUGAUGAAACAAGUGCACCCGGAUUUGGCGAUAUCGUCUCAAGCCAUGACGGUGAUCAACAACCUAAUGGGAGACAUGUUCGAGAGGAUAGCGGCGGAGGCGGCGACGCUGUCCAAGUACGUGUCCCGUACGACGCUGUCGUCGAGGGAGAUUCAGGACGCCGUCAAGUUGGUGCUGCCGGGAGACCUGGGAAAGCACGCCAUUGCCGAGGGCACAAAGGCGGUGACUACUUAUUUAGGCGUCGUUAAUGGACCGUCAAAGUCGAACCCCAAGCCAAAGUGAUUGUUUGUUUAUUUGUUUGUUUGUUUUAUUUUUAAGCAGUUUUGUGUAUGUAUAUUAUUAAGGUUGUAUGGAACUAGGUAAUAUGUUAUAUGGAGCCCCAUGUAGUGUAGGGCCUUUUUGUCAAAUUACGUUCAUUGC